AGGAAAUUAUUACAAAAUUACAGGCUCAUAGCCGUAAGAAAAAUCCAUGUGUUCUGAGAAUUACCAUGAGAAGAUGGCAAGAGCCAUCAAUAGGUAACAGAGGAGAAAUUUGGAGGAAAUCAAGAAACUCAAUAAAUUUCGAAAAUGAAAAAUUUUUCGACAUUAGGUCUUCAUUUUCCUGGACUGGGCCAAAUGCCCUGGCUAGAUCUUCUCUUUUAGAGCGACAGGAAAAAUUACAGUUUAACUGUGAAGAGAUUCCCGACAAAAAAAUCCGACGAGGAAUUGUCGAUCCUGAAGAAUUUCAUAAUAUUUUAGUAGACGAACAGCAUAAACUUCUCUACUGCUACGUUCCAAAAGUAGCCUGUACAAAUUGGAAACGAGUGCUAAUGAUAAUAUCAGGAAAAUGGAAUGGCAGCGAUCCUCUCGAAAUUCCAGCCGAUCAAGCUCAUGCCUCUAGAAUUGAAAGGCUCAGCAAUUACACACUGCCCGAGAUUGAGGAUAAAUUAAUUAAUUUUGAUAAACUUAUUGUCGUCAGGCAUCCUUUGGAAAGGCUCCUUUCCGCGUACAGAAAUAAAUUGGAAGCCCGACAUGAAAAGAGCUCGAAAUAUUUCCAGGAGCGAUUUGGAAGGAAAAUAAUCAAAAAAUUCAGAGCAAAUGCGACAAAGGAAGCUCUGAGUAAAGGAGAUGACGUGACUUUUGGAGAAUUUGUAGAUUUUAUAACAGAGAAAAGAGAGAAUGGAGUCCAAAACGAGCACUGGAAACCAUUUUCAGAUUUGUGCCAUCCCUGUCUAGUUAAUUACAAUCUCGUUAGUAAAUACGAAAGUCUGGUGGAAGAUGCAACUGAAAUUUUGGAAAGAAUAGGCGCUGAAUCAGUAUCGUUUCCGGCAAGGAUUUCGAAAAAUGCACCAACUUCGAAAAAACUGGACGAAUAUUAUUCGACUCUGAGUUUCAAGCAGCUUCGGAAACUUGCAGAUUUGUAUAGAUUAGAUUUGAAGCUCUUUGAUUAUUCUCUGGAGGAGAUAUUGGGGUUCUCGAUAGCAUAAUUUUUGAGAAUCUUCGAUCUCAUCAAUGUGAUAUAUAUGUAUGCUGAAUUAAAAAUUUACUUUAAACACUAAAA